AUGCAGCAGCCUAAAGAAAAUGCUUUAUUAGUAGAUAAUAAUUCAGCACUGUAUAUAACAAUGGAAACUUCUAAUAAAAUUUUAGAUGACACUCUCACAGCUAAAAGCUCUUUCUCUUUAUUGAAUUUUCAGCUCUCUUAUGCACCUCAACCUGAAUCUCCUUACUUAUUUUUCUUCAUAGAGAACACAAAAACAAUACAAAAGCUAAAUCUUGAGGAUUGAAAUUCUGAAUUUUCUAAUUAUGAAUUAAAAAGCAAAGUCCAAUAUAUAUCCAGCAUCUGCAAGCUUCCAAAUGGACAGCUUUUUUGCCUUGCAAAUCUUGUCAGUGAUAAUUCAGGGACUGCAUUUAUCAUCGAGGACACUAAAAGGAUAACUUAUCUUCCUUUUAAUCAACAUUUUUCAUAUACAGAAGGGAUUUACUAUCAAGAUGCGGUAUAUAUUCUGGGCAAAUUGGAUACAGAUUGUCAAAAAUUUGACUUGAACAGUAAAAAAUGAGUAACAUUAGCAAAACUUCCAGGCCGUUUACAAGAGUGCAAUGCUUUGAAGUUUGGAGGCAAAAUUUUAUAUGCUGGGCGUGGAGAAAUCGUCGGAAUUUAUGAUUUUAUUGCAAAUUCCCAUAUGAUAGCCUUGCAAACGUCCUCUGCAUUAAAUUAUGCAUUUAUUUGAGACGAUAGGGCAUAUAUUGUGUCGAGUCAUGUAGGAAGAGGUGUUUGGCUAUACGAAAGCAAAUAUAAAAAUCCAUAUGAUUGGGAAAUUAUUGAAAAUCUCUGCUUGGCUGCUGGAAAUUCUUGAAUUAUAAGGUCCAAAACUGUAUAUCAAGGGUCAUGGUAUUUCGAAUUGGAUAACAAAGUUUACAGAUUUCACUUGCAAACUAAAGAUUUACGACUACUGAAAUUAAUAAAUAAACCUUAA